GGAUAUCAUCAAAGCAUAUAAGAUAAUAUUUAGAGCUAAUAAGCAGAGCUUUUAUCUCACUUGAGUUGGCUGGGACCAAUCUAUGUAUAUAAGCUGGGCGUAGGCCAUCGCUGACCCAAUUUAGCGGCUCAUAUUUUCCGCUUUUAUGGGGCGGUACACAAAGGUGGGUUGGCUCGAGCUCUGGCUCAGCGGGAGUGAGAGCUGCCGAGGGGUGGAAUCGGGGGGACGAACGGCGACUGCCUGGACGCUUAUCAGCGGAAAGCUCGUUCCAGCGAGUUGCAUUCGCAUUCAGUUCGCUGCCACCGGGCGAGCAGUAACACGGCGCCGAAAGAUCGAUGCUGAUCGGAUCGAAUCGAAUCGAAUCGAAUUAAGUGCAAAUUAGAACGAAAUGAGCUAUAACAACGUGGUCUGCACGAUCUGUUCGGAGCGGUAUCGCACCGCAGACAACAUACACGCCGGUACCUGUGGACACGCGUUCCACGAGGAGUGCCUAAGCCGCUGGCGGAAGCAAUCAAAAACUUGCCCCAUUUGCCGCUGCGAGAAUGCCGCAUACUUUCAGCUCUAUCUGGACUUUGAGGAGUCGUCGCAAGGCGGAUCGGCGCGGGGAGGUGUCGGUACAAGCGGGCGGAAUCAGAGCCAAGGUCACAGCGACAGCAGCAGCAGCAGCAACAGCAACAGCAGCAGCAACAACAGCACCGUCAGCAGUACCAGCGAUUACGGGAUCAUGAGGGAGUACGAAAAUCUGCUAUACGAGACGGGCGUGUACCAAGAGGAGAUUGAAUAUCUAAACGAACGCAUCGGUGCGCUAACCCUUCGUAAUUCUCGACUCUGCAAGCUCCGUGGUGAGUCGGACUCGGAAUAUGAUUAGAUGCCCACAAAAGCACACAAACAAACAGAAAUCGCUAUGUAAAAUAAAUAAAAAUAUAAGUUGUCCAGUUAUACAGGUACAACCCUGAUAUUAAAAGAACACUAUUCUUAAAAUUGAAA